AUGUCCUUCGCUAUGCGCCGUGGCCUCGGCCUUACUUCCUCCCUUGCAGCCUCGUCGUCCCGCGCGUUCAGCACGACGCCCGCCCGCCGCGUUGCCCGCAUCACGAUUGUGGGCCACCUGGGUGACACGCCCGAGCUGCAGGCCACAAGCACGGGCCACGAGGUGCUCAAGUACGUGGUGGCCAGCAGCAGCGGCCCGCGCGACAACCGGCAGACGAGCUGGUUCCGCGUGUCGAGCUUCCUGCCCGAGGGCCCUCAGCGGGAGCUGCUGCGCGGCCUGCCCAAGGGCACGCUGGUGUAUGUGGAGGGCGAUGCCACGAUGGGCACGUACCAGGACGCCGAGGGCAAGACCAAGAGCUCGCUGAACAUUAUGCAGCGCAGCAUCGAGGUCCUCAAGCGCCCUGCGCAGACCGAAUCAGCAUAG